CGGGAAACUGUUCAGAGUCCACGCACGGCACAACACAGUAACUGAGGAGACUUUAACAAAACAAAUAAAUCAGUGAUAUAUUCACCUGUUUUAUGAUUUUUUAAAUGAUAUUUUACAGGUGUGUAUAGAAGCAUGUCGUGUGAGGCGUCUGUCCAGAAACAAGUGCUCUUAAUAAUGGACAGUUUAGUCACAUCUAUAGUGACAGAAAUUUGUCAACUCGAUAUUUUUCAGUCAAAACGUCAAAAUGGGAAUCCAGAAACUGAUAUUAAAAUGAAUCUGACAGCUGCUAUAAGGAAAAUAACAAACUCAGCAGCAGAACACAUCUGUGGAAUCCUUCAUACAGCAUCAAAUGGACCAAGAAAAGAUCGUACACAACCAGAUCAAGUCAACCAUAUGCAGCAGUUUGCUGGGAGUGGAAGACCACUUAACACUCAUAUCAAAGAUGAGGAACAUGUCAAAGGAGGAGACCAGCAAGAUUUCACCUCAGACGUUGUGUCUGGAAUCCAGGAAAGAUUGAAUUGCACCACAUCUGUUGUACAUCUUCUUCAGACUGUUGAAGAAGAGCCGGAGUUUAGAUUUGAAGAAAUAUUGCACGAAGAGGAACAUGUAGUGUGUCAAACUCCUCCUGCAGAUGAAUCAAUAGAGCCCAAUGCAGAUGAACCUGUAGAGCAUCAAAGAGAAGAGCAAUGGACCACUGAACCAAACUCUAAGUACAUUUCAGUACAAUUAAACACACUGGAUCCACCCGAUAUUAUCGAGACAGGUUUGGACGUACCAACAGACACUGCUGAAGAAGUGCAACCGAAUGCAAGCGAUGAGAAGAACAUAUGCAAAAUCUGCGGAAAGACCUUCACCCACCUCAACAACCUCAGAAGACACGAGCAGAAGUUCCACAGCGGAGCAACGCCUCACGCUUGCCAAGUGUGCGGAGAGCGCUUCAUCUCCAGACGCCUCCUCCAAAUCCACCGCAGAGACCACAAGGUGGAAAAACCUCACAAAUGCACGCUCUGCGACAAGGUGUUUCGCUUGCCCAACCACUUGAGGAAUCACAUGAUGAGUCACGGUGACCAGAAACCGUUCUCCUGCGCCACAUGUGGGAAGAGCUUUGCGUUGAUAAGCAUCCUCAGAGCUCAUGAGCGAACGCAUGCUGGCGAGAAGAACUUUGUCUGCUUGCAAUGCGGUUCGCGGUUUCUCACCAAGUCUUAUUUGGACUACCACCAGCGAGUUCACACUGGAGAAAAGCCAUACCUGUGCAAACACUGUGGAAAGAGCUUCGCCCAAAAGGGCAACCUAAAGGCGCACGAAAGGCUUCACACAGGCGAACAGCCCUUUAGGUGCGAGGACUGUGGAAAAACCUUCGUACACGCAAACACCUUUAAGUCCCACAAGCAGCUUCACACGGGAGUCAAAGCUUUCUGCUGUGAGCUUUGUGGGAAGGGCUUUCGGCGAGGAACGCAUCUCAAGACUCAUCUACUGACGCAUUCUGGAGACAAACCGUUUAGUUGCGAUGUAUGCGGGAAGACUUUUGCCCUCAAAGGAUCUUUGAAGACGCAUCAGCUUACUCAUACGGGGCAGAAGAAUUACGCUUGUAACGUCUGCAGUAAGCAGUUCGCUCAGGCCAGCUCGCUAGUGAAACACAAGCGGGUUCAUACGGGAGAGAAACCACACCGCUGUGGAAAAUGCGACAAGUGUUUCUCUCAAAGCAGCCAUCUGAACUAUCACUUGAAGGUUUGCCAGUCUGGGACAAAAAGUUCUGCAAACUCUAAGGUGGAGGACAACUAACGGAGCAGUCAUUGCGUUUGUGCCUUUCUUGAAGAAACCCAACUGUGACCAAAUAUUUGAGACUUUUCUUAGAAGAUCUGCAAGAUGUUUCAUGCUUAAUUCUUGAAUAUUAUUAGGGUCAAUCUCAAGAUUUGACCAAGCCUGGGUCACAUUUCACAAUGAAAUAAAGCAAUUAUAUUUUAUACAAGAUAUAUGAGACUAUUUGAAGAGUUCAUUUGCAAAAACAAAUUUAAUAAUUUUAAAAAAAAUCAUGUUUUUUUCAUUGUGCAUUCCAAUUAACCUCAAUAAAACUGCAGUUUGGUUAAUUUGAUAAAAAAAAAAAUUAAAACAAAGAAAAAAAAAAAGGUUAUCUGUUUUUGUAAAUAAACUCUUCGUUUGCAGAUUUGUACAUUAACACUCAAAUAAAAUGUCUCACAACCAAA